AUGUUCUCGGCUGAGAUCAUCUCUGGGGUUCUUUCCAGGUGGGCGGGGCCUGGUGGGCGUGGCCAAAGGAGGAAGGGUGGGGCGACCAGCCCAUGCCUUGCGCGAGACCUUUCCCCGACCUCCCCGGGCUGCAGUGCUGAACAUACAGACUCUUUGGCCAUGGAUGUGUUCAUGAAAGGAUUUAAUAAAGCCAAAGAAGGUGUUGUGGCAGCAGCAGAGAAGACCAAGCAAGGCGUGGCAGAAGCAGCAGGGAAGACGAAAGAAGGCGUUCUCUAUGUGGGUUCCAAGACCAAAGAGGGAGUUGUUCAUGGGGUCACAACAGUGGCUGAGAAAACUAAAGAACAGGUAUCAAAUGUUGGGGGAGCUGUAGUGACUGGAGUGACAGCAGUAGCGCAGAAGACUGUGGAAGGUGCUGGAAAUAUUGCUGCAGCCACCGGCUUCGUCAAGAAAGACCAGAAGGCCAAGCCUAAUGAAGAAGGCCUUCCACAAGAAGGAGUGAUGGACAACACAGACAUGACUGCAGACCCUGAAAAUGAGGCCUACGAAAUGCCUCCUGAGGAAGAGUACCAAGAUUAUGAACCCGAAGCAUGAAAAUCACCCCCCUCUCCUUCAGUCUCCUGGUACCUACUGACAAACAUCCUGUCCUGUACAAGUGCUAAGUUCCAAUGUUCCCUGUCGUAAACUAUUUUUUAUAGUUUUUAACAGUGUCUUUUUGAAGUCUUCCAUCAGCAAUGAUUGGAAAAUCCGUAACCACGUCUGGUUAUUGUUUCAGUGAACCUUCCUUUCACUGAAAUGAUGGUCCAGAGGCCAGAACCAUUGUUGUUGUGUGGAUAUUGUGGCUUAAGGUUUUAAGACGUAUGAAAACAAAUUAUUUUAAAAAGAGACAACACCUAAGUGUCUAUUCCUUAUUUCUAAAGCUGUACAUGUUUUAUUGAUAGAUCGUUGGUAAUUUGCUAUUGUUUAUGAUACAAGAUUUUUGUAAAUGUUUCCUAUGGCCAUUCUUUCCUGUCCAGGGAUGACUUAUCGUGAAAGUUGUUAAUAUAUUUCUAUACAUAUAUACAUAUAUAUAAAGUAAUUGAGCAUGAACUAUGCACCUAUAAAUAUUAACUGUGAAAUUUUAUUUGUUCUGUAACAUGUUUUACUAACUUGUAUCUGUAAAUAAUUGUGUCCACCUGGAAAGAAAUAAAAUGUCAUCUGUUUAA